AUGGCGUGUAAUAAUCAAGAAAAGUGGAAAUAUACAGCAAUGCCGAACAUGAUUUAUCCACCAACUGUCCAACAACAACCGAUUGGGAAUCAAAAUCAUCAAAAUGCGAUAAAACCGCCUCCUCCAAUGAACCAUCAUCCGUCUCAAAUGCAAGGCAUGAACCAUCAAUCGAAUCAUUUGGGUCCCAACACGAUGUUAAAUCAAUCGAUGAAUAAUAAUAAUACAAUGAAUGCUCAUCAGCCACAACAUGGAAUGCCGAUGCAAUCAGGACCGCCAAUGUACGAUCAUAUGCUUCAAAAUCCUUUGAAUGGAAACUUAAAAGGGGCAUCAGCUGCUGAGUUUAUUUAUUUGAACCAACAGCAUCCCCAUCAUUUGAACAUGGCUCAGAACCAAUACAUGGCGUCAAGAAGCAACAUAACGUCGUCAUCAACGAAGAAGUUGUGGGAUAACAAAUCAGAUCUGAAAAAUACUGGCCCUUUGGCACCUUUGCAAAUGCCAGGCAGUAAUGAACAUCAAAUGUGGUCAAAAGAACAUCAAGGUGUUUGGGCGAAAGAGCAGCAAAUGUGGUCGACUCAAGAUAGCAGUAGUGGAAUGAUUCCGAGGCGUAGUGAGACAACAAUGCCCGGCAUUUUAAGCUUUCAAUGUUCAUUACAUUCGUUCUUCUACAGUCCCCGUGAUUCUACUGGAGGCUUGGGAGUUAAAAUGGUCGAAUAUGUUCUUGGCGGUUCCCCAACGAACAAGGAAAGUCCAUUAACCCUUGAGCCGCGCUUAAGAGGCCUAAAAAUCGAUGAUAAGGGAAAUGAUGAUAAAGAAAACAAUUCAUCGCCAUUUGAGACAAAUGGAUUGAAAAAAGACGAGUCGAAUGUGACGAAUGGAUCAAAUGGAAUUGACGAUGACAAAGGAUUUAAUCGCACGCCAGGUUCACGACAACCAUCACCAGCUGAAGAGCAUCUUCCUCGUUUGCAUGGUCUUGAGCAAAGCAUUAAUGUUAAUGUUAGCGGAUUCUCUCAGCCAAUGAUGCAACAUAUGAUGAAUAAUCAUGAUCAACAACAAAUGGGAUCAUCAUUCCAUCUUCAACAUCAACAACAUCAUCAGCAUCCACUAAGCCAUCACGUUUUAAAUAAUGGAAUGCCGGUUCAGAAUCCUAUGGUGAAUCAAGGACAAAAUCACAUCGAUUCUCCUGCGAAUAUGCUUCAACAGCAAGCAAGCUAUGAGGUGAGUUCAGUUUUUUAA